CUUAAAGACUUCCUUUUUAUCGGUUAUAUAUCAAUGCGAAACUUUGCUAAUUAACUCAGCCUGAAACGUCUUCUAUUCGUUCAAUAAAAGUUAUCUUUGCUAUGAAUCAAGCUGUCUAAGCUGAGCAUGAACCGUUGAAUAUGACAAUGGCUUAGCUCUGACAAACAAAUUUCCUUGGAAAUUUGUCUUUACCUGCUAUUGAAGUCAUAUGCGUCAUUGCCUGCUUCAAAUGUACGGCAUUUUCGUAACCUUUCUCUACAUCGUAGCGAACAUAAUUAAAUGUUUUUUAAAUUUAUAUAAAUUAUUUUUCAAUAAUUUCCCAUUUCUGUGUUCCUAUGAAAAAUGUUGUUUGAUUCUGUGUCUUAGCACAUCUUACUAGCGCGGAUAUUCUAUGAAAAGAGUAAUUUGCUAAACGCUUAAAAGUGCCUCUAUUUGCGGUAAAAUACUUAGCUAUGGUCUUUUGGCCAUUACCAAUUUUGGCAGCUGCUUUUAUUGCUGUUAGAGCUCAGGGGACCGAUCCUCAAACAUAUCAACCUCGUUAUAAUCCCCAGUACACGAACAUACAACAACAAUCGCAACAAAAUCAACCUGCUACCACACAAUAUGAUAAUCCACUAUUAACCACCUUACAGGAAUCGGCUCAACAGCAACAAGGAGGUAGUAGUCUUGGUGGUCCGCCCAACCAAGGAAACUACAAUUACAACUACGAUAGCAACGUGUUAGGUGGUGGUAAUCAAAAUUAUGACCCCUUUAAUCGUAAUCCUGGUUCGGGUAGCAUAACCUCUAUAGGCUUGGGUUAUGUGGACAAUUAUAUCAACGAAGAUAACUUUUGCCCUGAAUAUUGGAUAACAUUUAGGCAAACAUGCUAUCGCUUCGUACGCUCGCCGAAACGAAAUUGGCUGGAUGCUAAGAAAAUAUGUACCGCCUAUAACGCUAAUCUGCUUAAUGUGGAAAAUGUCGAGAAACAUUCAUUCAUUCUAAAACAAUUGAUUUUACAAAAUCAGCGUCAAAACCGAUUUUGGAUAUCAGCACGGCAGACUGGCCCCAAUAGUUGGGUAAACGAUGACAAUACUCCUUUCGUAAUGAUCGAAGACUCAUUUUCGUUUGGCGAGGAACAGGCCAUUGAAAAUGAAGACUUACACGAUAAUCGUUUCUUAGUUCAAACCGAAUACAAUCGUAAUAAUCCGAAUCCAAACCAGUAUUACAAUACGAUACCGGGAUCAACAAAUCGUAAUAUAAAUACCGAUUAUAGGAAUUAUGUGGGUUCUGGCCAGUAUGGUGAACAUAAUCUGCGCGAUCGUUUGGUGUAUGCUUUCUCUAAAAAACAUGAUCGUUGGAUGUUCAUGCCGGCAUAUGAGAAAGAAUUAAAUUUAUUUAUAUGUGAAUCGCAUUUUCUUCACAAUCCCGAUAAUAUAAAUAUCAAAAAUGACGACAAACGCCCCUUUCAUUAUGGUUUAGAUAUAAUGGAUUUUGAGAAAAUUCCAAGAGGGCCAUAUUUUGUCACACAACCGAACGACACUACUUUUGAUACAAGCAAAAAUCGUUUGAUAAAUGACGUAAGUUUGAGCUGUCUAGCCGCUGGUUAUCCAACGCCCACUUAUCGCUGGUUUCGAGAAAUUUAUGUUAAUGAUACUUUAGAAUAUCGGCUGAUAGAUCCUUUGAAAAACGAGCGCUAUACCCUAUCGGGUGGAAAUUUGAUAAUUUACGAUCCCAAACAAGCUCUUGAUCAAGGGGCUUAUCAUUGUGUGGCGGAAAACAAGUUUGGACGAAUACGUUCAGAAAGCGUUAAAUUAAAUUUCGGUUAUAUAAUGGAAUUCAAUUUGAAGAGAUCCGCUGAAACUGGUGAUAUGAAUUGGGGCAAAUCGAUAUUCUGUGAUCCACCUCAACAUUAUCCUGAAAUCAAGUAUUAUUGGUCUCGCGAUUUUUUCCCAAAUUUCGUGGAAGAGGAUCAACGCGUCUUCGUGUCACACGACGGUGCCUUAUAUUUUUCAUCCAUCGAAACUGUGGACAGAGCUAAUUACUCAUGUACAGUGCAAACACUUGUGUCCGACACUGGUCGUAACGGGCCAUUCUUUCCGCUUCGUGUCAGGCCUAACAGUAAUUACCAGUCAUUAAUUUUUGCGAAUUCAUUCCCGAAGGUAUUUCCUGAGGCUCCUAAAGCUGGCGAUGAAAUUCGAUUAGAAUGCUUGGCAUUUGGUUAUCCAAUACCCUCAUAUAAUUGGACACGAAAAGAGCAACCAUUACAACGCAAUGCCUACACGACCAACUAUAAUCGAGUUUUGAUUAUACAAAAUGCAACAACAAACGAUAACGGGGAAUAUACUUGUACAAUAGCCAAUUCCCGGAAAGCAGAUGAGAAAUCCGUUUUCAUCAAUAUUCAAAUGAAGCCUGAAUUCACCAUACCAUUGAAGGACAAAGUUAAGGACUACAACAGUGAUGUCACUUUUAUAUGUGAAGCCUCUGCUAUUCCUGACGCAAACUACACUUGGUUCAAAAACGCUGAACAUUUAAAUCCGGAAAAUAUUGAUAAGGAUCGUUUUAUAAUACAGGAUAAUAUUUUAACUAUAAAAUAUUUGGAUGCGGAACGCGAUGACGGCAUGUAUCAGUGUGGGGCCUCAAACCAAUUAAAAACUGCGUAUUCAUCGGCCCAGCUUAGGGUACUGUCUAUGAAACCGUCGUUCAAAAAACAUCCUUUGGAAUCAGAAAUUUACGCUGUAAAUAACGGUAACACUACUAUUGUAUGCGAUCCCGAAGCGGCGCCACGUCCAAAAUUUCAAUGGAAAAAAGAUGGGCAAGUGAUAGGAUCUGGAGGGCAUCGACGAAUACUUCCAAGUGGAACGCUAAUAAUAUCGCCAACUUCACGAGACGAUGAGGGCGUGUAUACUUGCCUUGCUUCUAAUCAGGCGGGCUCCGACGAGUCAAGAGCACGUUUAAUAGUCUUACAGGAAAUGCGUUUUGUGCAGACGCCACCGCUGCGAAUUACUACACAAGUCCACGACUUGAUUUACCUGCAAUGCGACGCUAGUUAUGAUGAACUUUUAGAAGUUGCGUAUGUAUGGAAACAUGACGGUGAGAUUCUGCAAAAUAACGAGGACGGUUUAGAGAAAAUUAUCAUUGAUUAUAAUCGUUUAACUGUACACAAUGUAACUAUGCUAGAUGGUGGGGAUUACGAGUGCGUGGUCAAAUCUUCCGUUAACGAAAUCUCAGCUAAAACAAAUGUUGUAGUAGAAGGUGCUCCUGGGGCCCCAGGUGGUGUCCAAGUAGUAGAUAUUGGAAAAACGAAAGCCCUUAUAGAAUGGAUGGAUGGUGCGAAUAACGGACGGCCUAUACGUUAUUAUAAUAUAUUAGGCCGCACUAAUUGGAAUCGUACAUGGGUAAAUGUGUCAACACAUGUGCAAGCACAUGAAAUUGACCGUUACACAAGUAGACAGCAAGCCGAAAUUUCAAAUUUAACUCCGUGGUCAUCCUAUGAAUUUAGUGUUGCCGCAGUUAACGAUUUGGGUAUAGGCACGCCUUCUACUCCAUCUCCUAUUUAUAGCACACAUGAAGACAGGCCCUAUAUUGCUCCUAAAAAUGUGGGUGGAGGGGGCGGUAAGAUUGGCGAUCUGACCAUUACCUGGGAUCCUUUACUACCUCAAGAACAGCACAGUCAUGGUAUAUACUACAAAGUGUUUUGGCGUCUGAAAGGCAAAUUGGAAUGGGCUUCCGAAAUUAUUAAGCGUCAAGACAAUAUAGGAAUGGCUGUAGCAAACAUACCACUUAAUAAUUAUUACACUGAAUACGAGGUUAAAGUGCAAGCUUUAAACAACGUGGGCAAAGGACCAGAAAGUGAAGUAGUAGUUAUAUACUCAGCCGAAAACAUGCCUCUAGUAGCUCCUCAAAAACCGAAACCUCACGCUUUCAACUCGACCGCUUUCAAUGUUACAUGGGAGCCGAUUGAGUUAACACGCGAAAAUAUAAGAGGAAAACUUAUAGGUCACCGCAUAAAAUACUGGAAAACUACGCAGGAAGAAGAAGAUGCGGUGUAUUACUUAUCACGGACUACACGUAAUUGGGGUUUAAUUGUAGGUUUGCAACCUGAUACCUAUUAUUUUGUUAAAGUAAUGGCAUAUAACGCGGCUGGAGAGGGACCAGAAAGCGAACGAGCCGAAGAGCGCACGUACCGUAAAGCCCCACAAAAGCCUCCUUCAUCUGUUCAUAUUUACGGCAUUAAUCCUUCAACUGUGCGAGUUGUUUGGCGUUAUGUUUCACCAGCUCAGGACGAAGAGCCCAUUGAAGGGUAUAAAGUGCGGGUCUGGGAAAGUGAUCAAAACAUGAUCACGGCCAAAGACACAAUUGUAGCAAUAGGUCAAAAAUUGGAAACAUAUAUAACUAAUUUGACUCCAGGAAAAAGUUACAAUAUGCGUGUUCUAGCCUAUAGUAACGGUGGAGACGGCCGCAUGUCUAGCCCAACCAUACGUUUCCAAAUGGGCAAGACCACUUUGUAAUUUUGGUAAUUAGCUCACGUUUUUUCUUACUCGAAAGUUAACAAGUUGCGAUCAAAAAAGUUCACCUUAUCGGUUAUCAAGUUCGUCCAUUCCACUAAUUUUUUAGGACUUAUAGUAAAACUAAGCGUAAAAUAAAUUUUACAAA